UGCUACCUCACAUUAUUAACUAUCAUGAUUAAAUUUAUGUUAUAAAUUUUCUAAUACCUAAGUACUUUUAUUUAAACAGAAAUUUUUAACUUUCAGGCUGUCAGAAGUACUCAUGGUUUAGAAGUUCCCCUAUCCUGCAAUGGAAACAUGUUAGUUUCUGAUCAGUAUUUAUCAUAUAUUGUGGAGAAAGGAAAUGAUAAGUUAUUAGAAAAUGAAAAAAAAAUUGAAAGAUUUUUUUCUGGUUUGAAAACUGCUGUAAAUAAUAUCGAAGUGACAGAGGAAGCAAGUUCCAAGCAAUUUAACAAAAUAAAAAUUAUUCCUCAUUCAGAAAAACGUUUGCCCGAAGCAUUCGAGGAAGAAUACAAACUGGACGGUUUGUCCGAACUUUUAACACAGCACAAAAUAUGACAUGUAAAUAAUAAAUAAAAAUAAAUUAACUGUAAUAAGAGUAGAAAUACGCCAGCGUUUUUCUUUCCUUAUUUUAAUAGAAUUAAUGCAAAGAAUUUCGAGAAUAAAUCAUAUUUCAGAGAUCUUUGAGAUUCAAAUAUAUAUCAUAUAUGCUGGACCUUAAGUUGACUUUUUAAGUCUAAAAUUAACUCUCUAAACUAAGGAUGACUUAUAUGACAAAUAUAAAGUAUGAACCAUUACUAUAGAGUUAUAAACAAAUGGUAUAAUGCACUUAAACAAUGUCUAUGCAUCAUUUAUCAUAAUUAAAGCU